CCAAAAAAAAAAAAAAGCUACGUCACGGACAAAGUUCUUCCCUAUGCGUUGUAAAUUUUGAGAAUUCUACUAUGAAAUAUACAGAGAGAGGUUGUUACCCGCAAAACAGUUUUUGGCUAUGUUGUUCAUUAAUCGUAAGGCGGAGACAAUACGUUAUGAGGGUAGCACACUAGCACGUCCUCUAACAUCAAACAUAAAAUAGACCUAUAAUAUUAUAAUAUGACAACAUAUUUUCUAGAAAUUUGAGCCCCCUGGCUCUACGUCACCAAGUAUACGUAUAUAGUACUUAUACAGUGAAACCUCGAUAACUCGAAUUUUGUUUUCGCCCCCAACCGAUUCGAGUUAUCGAGGUUUAACUGUAUAUCUAUCAGGCCUUAACCGGUAUAAUGACGUGAUGGCUUUUAUCGGUGAUUUCGCCUCUAUCGUUUACACGAUGACCACAUCCGGUGAUCAUGACACGGUGUCGUGAUGAAAAUACGACGGAGGUGGGUGUUAUUAUAUUAUAAUAUACUAUAAUAAUUAUAAAAUAAUACAAUCGACCGACUGGCGUGACUGCAGAGGGAUGAACGUGUACAAAUUUUUUUCCCGUCGGCUUAAAAAACACGCGGCGAUCGAUAAACACGGCACGUCGUAGUAACGUCGCCAUCGUGUCGUAUGGACGGCCACUGGGGCCGUCGGACGCGCGUGUCGUACAAAAUAUCACGACGGUAUUAUAAUAAUAAUAUUAUAGUUGUACGUUUUGGCCGUAGAGAGGGAAAACCGAAAAACCGUACGCGCGAUGUGCGUUCAACCGCCGCCGCCGCUUCACCGUCGACGUUGUCGCCGGCCGCCGCUGCAAUCGAUUUUGUCGGCGGCGGUGGCGGUGGCGGUCGUUGCACGGGCAGCGUCUGGUCCGUCGCCGUAACGGCUGCAGCGUACUCGCGACUCGCGUUCCGCCGCCGCCGCACGCCGUAGCCGAGUAGGGGGGCGCGCCGUUGGCUGCGCAGCACCCCGGCGCGCACGCAACAACCGCCGCCGCGGCACGAUGCAGUGCACGCGCAGCCGGACGGCAGCGGACGCAAACCACCGCCACCGACGCCGCCGCCGCCGCUGCCGCCUCCGUCGCCCGUGGUUGUCGUCGUUGUCGUCGUCGUCGCCGUCGUCGUCGCCGCCGCCACCGCCGCCGACGCCGCCACUGCCGCGGCACUGCGGCAGUCGUGUACCCCGGCACAGGUGGCCCGCGCGUCGUUUGGCCGCACAGCAACGGUUGGGUUGCAAAACGUUUUCACGACGAAAGCGUUACUGAAAAACGACAAUCGCGCCCACCGACGGCAAUAACAAUCGGUGGAGGCGACGGCAGUGGCGGCGACGACGACGACGGACCAACGACAUCCCCACACAACAACAACCAUAGCGCGGCGACAGAAACGGCGACGGCGGCGGCGGCCCGGCGACGACGAUAACAUGGAGGAACAGUUGAUCGCCGAGAUCGAGCGACGGCCCGUGCUGUACGACAGGAGCGUGCAGGCGUGCAAAAAGAUGUCGGCUCGGGACGAAGCGUGGCGCGAAGUGGCCGAAAUAAUGAAGCAAUCCGAGGCCGAAGUGAAAAAACGGUGGAGAACGCUCCGGGACUCGUUCAUGCGGUUCCACCGGCUGCAGCGGACGUUCGGGCCCAAGGGCAAGAAGAAAAUGUGGAUUUACUACAACGAGAUGGCAUUUCUGAUACCGCACAUCGAGCCCAGAGACUACAAGAUGUCCGGAGCCUUCGACGGCGCCGAGUUCAACGACGAUUGCAACGCGGAUAUGGACAACAACAGCCGGACGGCAACGGACACCCAAGGCGCCGACAUGGUGUCCAUCGCGUCCGACAUGUGCGAGGCCGAGUUGACGACGCCGCCGAUCGGUAGCGCCGGGUGCCAGUGCUUCAACGGCAUCGGUCUGCAUGUGCACCAGGAGCCGUCAGCCAUGAUGAUGAUGGAACCUGGCGGCGGCGGCGUCGUCGGCGGCGUCAAGCGCAAGGGGUCGGACGAUUCGUCGGAGUCGGCCACCGACUCCGACGAACACUUCGCGCUCAGUUGCGUCGCGUCGCUACGCCGUCUGCCCAUACGGAAAAACGCCGAAAUGCGCAUGAGGAUCUUGCACAUGCUUUACGAGGCCGAGUACGGCGAAGAACCCGUAUUGCGAUGAAUCGUCUUCUGUCGAGUCCUCGUCCCGUUUUCGUCAUUACAUUAUUGCUAUUUGUAUUAUUUUGUCAUCUCGCUGUGACUUUUGUACAUAUUAUUUUCUUUUGCUAUAUUGACUAUUAUUAUUAUUAUUAUUUAGUACACUGCUAUAAUAUUAUAUACU